AUGCUCGGAAGAACACCCACGGCAGCUCUUCGUUCUAGUCGAGCACUGAGAGUCCGUCGACCAGUGCAAGUGCCUUCACGACCUCGCAGCGCCCGCUUCCAGUCUACAGCUCCCGCCAAACCCACUACCAAUGCCUCGUCAUCUUCGAGCCAGGCUCUUCUGGGGGGCUUGGCUGGCGGCUCGUUUGCAUUCGUGCUGGGAUACAUGUGGUACUAUUUCUCGGGUGCCAAAACUACCUUGAACACAAUACAUUCUACGAAAGCUUACGUUGAGGACGCCUUCAAAAAGACCACCCAGAACGCUCCAGAGCCCAACCAAGCUAUUCAGUGGUUGAAGGAGACGGUGCAAAGCUACACAAAGAUGAUUCCGGGUGCUUCAAAAUACGUCGACUCUGCUUUCGAAGAUGUGGACAAGGUUCGGGAGAAGCAUGGAGAUGAAGUCGACGAGAUCGUCAACGAUACAUACAAGAAGUUGAAGGACGUCACCAAGAAGGGAUUCAGCAUGGAAGCUGUUGUACAAGCUGGGGAAGUACUUGCAGAUUGCUUCAGGCGGAUCGGCAGUCUGGCAGUCAGCGCUGGGCAGGACAUCCUGGACAACCACCCCCAGAUAAAGAGUCAGUUUGGAGGCAAGUUCGAACAACUGCAGCAGAUGGGCGAGCAGUACGGCCCGGAAGCCAAGAAGGCAGUUGACGAGACAUGGCAGCAAGUGCGUGACAUUCUGGCGGGCGGCGUCAGCCUCUCGACCGUGCAGAAAGUCCAGGAUUUGUUGCAGGAAAAGUCACAACAGCUGAAGAAAUACGGCGACCAGGCCUGGCAGAAGGGUAUGGAACAGGCCAAGCCGCUUCUGGACAAGCAACCGGAAAUGAAGAAGCUCAUCGAGGAGAACAAGUCAAAGUUGCUUCGUGGCGAUCUGGGUCAACUGUGGCAGAAGGUCCAAGAGGCGGUGCAGUCAGGAAAUACAGACGAUCUCCAGAAAUUCGUCAAGGACCAAGUUGACAAGGCCUCAGAAAGCGCCGGCGGCGGAAUUGAACAGCUCCUCAACAUGAUGCCAGGUGGAUCAGAGAUUGGAUCAAAAUUGCAGCAGCUGCAGGAGCUCAGUCAAAAGCAUGGGCAGGAGGCAGAGAAGCUGGUCAGAAGUGCCAUUGACGAUGUCAAGAAGGUGUUGUCCAAGAAGGUUGAAGAAGGACAGCAACUGAAGGAAAAGGUCAAGUCGGAGACAUAA